CUGAUCCUUAUUUUUUGGUCAUUCAUUCACAUAACAAAGUAUAUUAGGGGUUUUACUUUUUCUUGACUUAGAGACAUCUUCCUUGCCAAGAACCUUAAAUAGCUUAUAAACACAACCUCUUUCUAAACACCAAAGUCAUCGUGAUUUUCAUCCAAAUUCACAACACACUUUCUCAUUAUAGAAAAUCCUAAAAGGGCGGCAGAAGCUUUGGGAACAGAAACCUUCUCGGGAGGCACAUAACAUGGCCUUGAACUAAGCAAAUUUGCCCACACUGCUGAAGCUUCUUACAGAUACUAGAACAACAUAACAAUUGCUGACAUCUUGAGAAGCUUCUCUAAAUAUUUGGAUUUGGUUCUUCUCGGACAAAGAAAUUCAGAGAGGGAGAGAGAGAACAUGGAGAGGAAUGAGAUGGAAAGGAUUGAUGAUGUGAUGCCAGGAUUUCGUUUUCACCCCACUGAUGAAGAGCUUGUUGAUUUUUAUCUCAAGAGAAAAAUUCAGCAGAAGUCUCUUCCUAUUGAACUCAUUAAGCAAGUGGAUAUUUACAAAUAUGAUCCAUGGGAUCUUCCAAAGCUGGCAGGUACUGGGGAGAAAGAGUGGUAUUUCUACUGUCCAAGGGACAGAAAAUACAGGAACAGUGCACGUCCAAAUAGAGUCACAAGAGCUGGGUUUUGGAAGGCCACUGGAACUGACAGGCCUAUAUAUUCCUCUGAAGGAAAGUGCAUUGGUCUGAAAAAGUCUCUUGUGUUCUAUAGAGGCAGAGCUGCCAAGGGGAUGAAAACUGACUGGAUGAUGCAUGAGUUUAGGCUUCCAUGCAUCUCAGACUCAUCCCCUCCCAAAAAACUCUCAGACAGAAGCCUCCCUCCAAAUGAUUCAUGGGCAAUUUGUAGGAUAUUCAAGAAAACCAACUCCCUCUCCCUGGCACAGAAAGCCUUAUCUCUCCCUUUGAUCUCUCAGUUACCUGGAGGCAUAGUAUCUGACAUGUUCACACAAGGUUUAAAAUGCCAUAACAUAGGAUCACCAGCCAUUCAAUUUUGUGGUGACAAGCAAGAUGAGUUACACCAAGUCUCCAACAAUGCCAUCAACAACAACUUCUCAGCCUCUGAUAUUCCCACUUACAAGCUCAUAAACAACAGCACAGUUUCAAAGCCAUCACCACAAAGUCCUGUUUCAGAUGGAGACCUUGCUGACAACUUCAUAUUCUACUCAUCAUGGCCCACCAAGUGCUGCACACUUGAUCCCACUUCCAUGCUUUCUCCCAACCCUGACUAUAUAGAAUUUGAAGACCCAAACCAACAACACUAUAGUGGCUUCUCAAUCAAUCUACCUCAAGAUAUGAAACAAAACAUGAGCACAGAAACAGGAACAAAAGAACAAGAUCAUCAGUGGGAAACAACAAUUGGGAUGAGAACCACUGGAUAUCCCUUCAGUUUGAGUCCUCCUUAUGAUGCUUGGAAGGCUUCUUCUGUGGCAUGGGAGUCACGUCCUUGCCCUAGUGAUAUGUCCACUACCUAUUCCACCAACAAAUGCUACACUUAAUUAACCAAAUUAGGGGCAUUCAUGGUGUGAUCAAGUACUGGAAAAAGAAGGCAUUGGCUUGUUAGUAGUUACCAUUUUUACAAUUUUAGUAUAUUUACUUGUAAAUGUACAAGUGCUAUCACUUUUUCCUUGUUCAUAUUUAUAUGUACGUGAAUGUAACUACCAGUACCACCUAGAAACAUAGAAAAGAGCCACAGAUUUUGUGAACCAUGUGCUGGGAAAAUAGAUCUUCUCAUGUUAGUUUCUCAGGAGUCAUGUGAAGAAAAAAAAAUAUAGACACAAAGAUUUCAAGGUCUUACGAAAAUUUGUGGGAUCAGUGUCUAUGUGUCUGUCUUUUUUCAUUCACGUCAUUUUUGUCAUUUGAAAAACUCUCUUGGAAUGAUUCGUUUUUGGUGGGGGGGGGGAGACACUUUGUAGUUUCGAGGCUAUACGUCUCAUGUAUUUCAUACAUUCACCUAGUUGUACAUAUAGUUUCAUA